AUGGCGGAAAAACACGACGCCGGUUUCGUCCCGAGUCGAUUCCAGCCAGCUACCGUAUGCACCUCUGCUCAUCUGGCGAGCGUUGCCUCGUCGGCUCGUGGGCCCACGCGAGCGCAGCGAAGAGAUCAGCUUUCUCGCUCUGUAUACUCCCCCCCGUUUUUCAAAACACACCAGCCGCUGUUCACGGGGGCAACUGACUCUGUCGACCCCGGCGCAUGCCUCUCUUCCAAACACGAAUUCCCUUCGCCAUUGCGUACGUCGUCUCGCACUCGCGGCCUCGGCGGACCACGAGGGGGAGAAGCCCCUUUCCGCUGUCCUGUGGAUCAGGGCGGACGGAGAAAUUGUGCCAAAAGUCAUGAAUAUUCUUCUUUACUUCAUUUAAUCCGAACUGAGGGUUUGGGACAUGGAUCCGACGCCCAAAAGGAAGCCGCCGAGCUGACAAACAUUGUGCGUUUCCAGCCAGUUGGGUCCGUUCCACAGGAGCGUGAGCUGGCCUGCGUGCAGGUCAACUCUAGGAGGGAAACCCAGGGCGCAGCUGAGCGGACUUGCUGGCAAUCAAGCGAGGAACCAGGCGCUCACAGCAGCCCGGGUAACUGCGGAAGAUUGGUGAGCGGCGAAAGUCACACAGCCACUCCACGGGAAGAAGAGAGGGGAAGCGACAACGAGUCCACUCUCUCACGCAGGCUCCCUGCUUUAGGUGCAUCUGCGGAUGCUCCAACAACUGGUGCGGCACGCCUUCCAGCAUUUGGAAACGAGCGAGGGGGGUACCAGAAGGGGACGCCGGAAGUUGAGCAACCCGACACGUCAUCCAGCAGGUGGGGCGGAAGCGGAGUGGAUGCGGAGAAUCGAGAGGACUCUUUUCCUUCUGUGUCUGUCGCGGUCCUUCUUGGUGCGUGCAACUUAGAGCCUAGCGCGAGCACAGCCUUAGGAGGAGUUGCUUCCACGGGCCGUCGUACGCCUCAGCUUAUUCGGCGGGAGACAGGGACUUCCCUUGCGGCCCACAUAUCCACCUGCACGCCACCGGCUGAGGCAACUGGCAAGCAGAUACCACAGCUGGCCGGCGCCUCGAGUUCUGUAGGCCCGCCGUCCGCCCUGCCUCCAUCAGAACGAUUCGGAUUGAGAGAGGGGAGCGCCAGCGCGGCUGGUCAGCGAAUGUCUAGAGAACUUAGCAGAUUGACAACUCCAGAACUUGCCGAAAUCGCGUUCCGCUCGGCGGAAAUUGCCCGACUGCGAACCCAAUUUUCGUUUCAGUGGCUUUGCCGAAGCUUCGCUCGAAGUCGCUCCUUGCCGUACGACCUGAGUGCGCUGCGGCGUUCUGUGUCCCAGCCAUCUGCCAGUUCCACUGAUGGGCGAAUUUUCCGAGCUCUCGUUGGGUUAGUGAGCGAUGGGGCAACCAGUGUGCUGCCGUCUGGAAACUGUUGUCUAGAUCCUCCAGUUCUCUCUUCUCCGCCGGCCGGCAUCUGCGGACAUCCGUCGCUGGUCUGCUCGACAUCUCGCCGAAACGGGGCCGCAACAUCACCGCCAGGAGGCUUACCGUCUGCCUUCGUGUCAGGCUCCUCUGUCUGCUCGGGUGAGCUUCGGGUGUCAUCGAUUCCCCUCACCUCAUCGUCUUCCUUGUUCCCUGCUUCCUGCGCUAGACGUCGCGUCUCGACGGGCUGGUGCGCGUCGCAUCCCUUCAUUACCCGGGGACUUGUGGGCGGUUUUUCCUACCCAGCGGGGUCGACGCGUUCUGUCUUUUCUGGGAUCCCCCUGCCUGCGGGCCUUGGGCGUUCGCAGAGCUACACAGGCGGUACACGCUGCGGCGCUCGCCCCUUCGAUUGCUCGGCGCUCCCUGCUUCUUCAUCGGUGGCGCCCGCGAGCUGCGGGCCUCUCCGCUGUGGGUCGGCGGCUUGGGCGGAAGCUCGUUCCUUUGCUGGCGGGAGAGCGGAGGCGACCGCGGUCUGCGUUGCCUCUAGGUCACAGCGGCCGGCGGCCUCGGGUUCUUGUGACGCUGUUAGUCCCUCGUUUGGCGAUUCUUCCUCGGAUCUGAGGCCUCAACUCUCGAGCCGCGUACGCAGAGCCACUGGUGCUUUCCCGGUGCCAGGAGGCUCUGUGCCAUGUCCAUUGUUUCGGUGGUCCCGCGAGUCGGCGCCAGUAGGUUUUUCGGGUUCCACUGCAGCGAGCCCCUCGGACUUUCUCCCCACGGGACGCUUUCCUCUCUGUCUGGGGGCGAGCGACCUCAGCUUGUGCACUCAGGUUGGCGUCGGCCUGAAUCCGUCUUGCGCCUCCGCAGAGGGGGACAGAAAUUUCGCUGCGUGUGUGGAACCCCGUGGCUGUGAGCCCCAGUGGACUGCGAACUGGCGCCCCUCGGGAGCCACCGCGCUUCGACUGAGUCGCUUCUGUCCACGGGGAACCUCUCGUCUUCUACCGAGAUUGCAGGGCGUCAAAAAUUUUCCACCGCCGUGUAGUCCUACCCGCGCUGCGUUCGAAGCGGGACUUCGUGAAACUCGCGACAUCCUCUCGUCGUCUGGCGCGACUGGAGGACAAGCGUUGUCUUUCCCUGGCGGCUUGUCGCUCCGCGUUGAAGGCCAGGUGAAGAGGGCACGUUGUGGCGACUCGGAAACAGGGACAGGUGUUUUCGGUGGGAUCCAUCGCCCUUUACCUGCGAGUGAAGGACAUGAGAGAAAGAGCGGGGCAGUUGGAGCGACUAAGACUUACCACGUCUGUCUCUUCACAAGCGGCUCGCCAAGCGCGCUCGACCCUGAUUUCGCUGCAGUGACUCCGAAGGCCGCAGACUACUCCGCCGAGUUCUCGUCUCUCACUCACUUGACUCGCGGAGGUCGGCGCCUGUCGUCGCCGUUGCCACAAGAGACACUGCUUCUGUCCACCCCGGCGUUGCGGUCGGAGCGUUCAAGGGAGCGAGGCCAGGCGAGGCUGCGGGUCCUAGAGGCGACUGGUUUCGCCGCUAUUCUCGGUCUUUUGGCGUCCAGCGCCGUUUCGUGUAUCAGACGCGGCCACGUGCCCCGUCAUUUCCGUCUCCUGAGGUUUGCGUUUGAGCGGUUUCGUUCCCUGUCGGACGACUCUCGCGCGAUUAUUGGUCUUCGGGGAGAGCGGGCUAUAUCAGAUCAGUGCAGGCGCGAGGACGAAGAGGGCGAAGCGGCUCCCUUCCAUCCGCAGCGUCAGUCGGUCCCAGCCGCUGCUCCGCAGGGGGAGGCUGCAGCGCGGGAGGCAAGUACGGCGGGAGGCGAGCCGCGAAGAAGACUGAGAGGGGCCCGAGGGCCGCGCGACGGAAGACUAGCUGAGCAAACAACGAAACGAAGGAGGGGAGAGGAGGGGCGGGGAAGUGAAUCCGCACGUAGACGAGAGGAGGCUGGAGGGCAGCCGACAGAGGGUGGACCGGGAGCGAACAGACACCCGAUCGAAUUCAGCGGAGAGACUUGCGGCGGAGACGGGCGCGACACAAGGAUUCUUCAGCGAGGCUGGAGACGAAGACGGCCAGGACGACCAGGGGAUCUGGGCCAGCGCGUGGGAGGCGAUAAGGCGCGUGGGAGAAGAAGAGCCAAAAAGCGAGCUCGCGGGCGCGCAAAGAGACGCGCUUAUCUGCAUGAUUGGUCGUCCGACAGCGAGGGCGUGCAACGACGAGUUUCCGUUUCUGGUGUAGCAGGGAACCUCUGCGUGCGCCCCCCACAUCCGGCGUCGUCGCCGGAGCCGCCGCCUGUUUUGUGUCUUCCGUCACCCGUGUGUGGCUCGCUGAGGGACGACUGCGACGACGACAGUGACGCACUGCAUCCUGAAGACCAAGGUCGGCGCUGUCGCAGUGCAACGGAGGACGGAAGAGAAGACUCGCCCUCAAACAGAGCUGAACGAGUUGGUCGUGGUCGCGGUAUGGGCGCGGCGGGCCUGAUGACACGCGGAGAACCGAGCCAAUAUUUUUCGAUGGCAGCUUCACCCCUUCGCGAGAAGUUCGCGGAAAAUUCGGGGGGUUCGUUUUUCGCCUCUCCUUUCGCUGGCUGCGCUGCCUUGGCGGCGUCGGGGCUCAAUUCGCCCGGCGCACGCCAGAUUGCGUCCACGUCCCUGUCGGCUCUCCUGGCGCAUAGGGUUGGGUCCCCCGCGCAGCGGCUGUCGGCACUCGGAGCCGAGGCAGCGAUGAGGACUCUGCGAACGAGUGCGCAGUGCGGCGCGGGAGUGAGAGAAGAUUUGCAUGAAGAGGUUGCUGGAACCAUCGCGGAGCGCUGCCGCGGGAGGCGCGUGAUGAUGUCAUCCCCAGCGACAGACGCCUCGGGUGCUCACGGGCUUCAAGUCCACCGGACUUCUUUCCAGUCGCCUUCGUUCGAUCCAAGCACGAAUGACCAGCACACCUACUACUGUCUCCGCCCAGGUGCGCCGGCACCAUCUUUUUCACCGCCAAGUUCACAGACUGGCGUCGUACAGCGCCCCGCCAGACAUGAGCCGCCGGCCUUCUCGCAGGAGGCGGGAGGCGCGGCUAGUCUCCACACUGCCGGCAGCAGCGGGUUGCAGACUGCCGUGUACCAUGCUCACCCCUCCUUUCCGUACAUUCCAUCCAGCUCCUCGCGCGCUCCCUCCGCGCCCCUGAGAAGCGCCCCUGCAGUCGCGGCAGGAUCACAGAGCGGGGGGUGUGCGGAGUCCCCCCAGCGCUCAGGGGGGUCGCCCGCAGCACGAGGGGGAAGGAGGAGAACCGCGGCUCCGGCGCCCUCGCCAGGGCAGAUGGCGGCGUCGUCGCCUCCGCCCCACAUUUCCUUUCCUCUCUCGCGGCCACCCCUGGGAGGCAUGUCUUCGGUUUCCUACGCACCCCCGCCCAUGACGGAGAGACAAUGCUCCGCGAUCACGCAGGCGAUCCCGGCAGUACCGGCGUGUGACGGCGGGCUCCUCGACCGAGCGCGGCCCCGCGGCGGCGCGGCGCUCGAAGAAGAGCCGCUGCCUCCGCUACGGACUGGAGCAAGGAGACGACGAGCGGCGUCGGGGGCUUCCUCGGCAGGCGCCCCCCGCGGCAGCGGCCGGCGUGGCGCCGCAGUGAGCGCUACCCCCACGGGGGGAAGAAUGAUGAGGCGGUCCGGGAGGAGAACUCAGGUUGCAGUAGAGGGAGGAUUCGAAGGCGCAGCGGCGACGGGCUUUGGACUCAAGGAGCUCAGAGAGCGAAGCCCUGGGAACGGCCAGGAAGGGGACGACGAGCGAGAAGAUGAUGAGAGGGAGGACAACUUUGAUAGAGGAAGCGAGGGCCUUUUCAAGGAGGGGAGGAGCCACACCCAGGCAGCAGAAGCGGAGGAGGGCCGCUUCGCCGUGGGGAUGAUGCUGCGCGGCCGGUGCGGGCGGGCGGAGCCAGAAGUGAAACAUGACUUUUUGACUGCGCCCACAACACAGGAAGACGAGGCGGCGGACGCAGUCGGGGCGCCACCAGCAGGCGGCCGCUCUCGGAGCCACCCUUCGCUCGCUAGCCCGUCAUCUAAGAGGCCGCGCGUAUCGUCUUGGGUGGAGCGGAGGCUACUCGGCGACGUCGGCGCGGGAACGCGGGGCGGUGCUCAAGUCGUCGCGGGAAUCGAAGAAGACGCGGCCGGCGCCAAGAGGCACGUUAGGGAGGCUCCGAUCACGGUGGAAGACUCAGACCCUUCGUAUUGCCGAGGAGAGAAGGGACCUGACGCGGCGGGCGCUGUUUCGCUGCCGUUACGGGUUGACCGGGGAGAGAGGCAGGUGGAUAGGGAGGCGCCAGCAGGAGUCUGCCUGAGCGCCGUGCCGCGCGGAGAAGCCGCGGGCGUCCCCAGCUGGGCUCAGAAGCAGCCUCGGGGUCUUUCCUCAGAUCCAUUCCUGGACGAACAAAGGCGAGGAGAUGCACACGCCGCAGGGGGAGUUCCAGGCGACGGAGGAUUUGGGAGGGGUGACGCGGAGGGAGGACCGAACUGUGGAAGCCACUGCGAGCUACUGACCCGCAGCCCGAGGGCUGCUAGUGCCGUCCGAUGCAGGACAGGCGCAGAGGCAGGCAGAAAGGAGCCAGGGCGGAGUAGCGUUGCGACAGACUAUGCGAACGCGAUGGGGCUGGGAGCUGCGUCGGCGCUGCCGGCUUUCGUCGCUGGGAUCGGUGGAAAAAGACAGAAGGGCGAAACUGGAGGGGGGGGAGUCCAGUGUCUCGAUAGUGGCGGGAGAGGAUUGACAGGGAUGGUAGAAGGGAAACGGUCAUGCGGCGUUCACUUUGGCGGGACUUCAACGCCGUCGCCGGGGGAAAUCCAACGCGCAUCCGGAGGCCCUAAAAGUGGGGCCAUGUCGCUGAUUUCGUUUGCGUUUCUCUCACCCCAGCAGUGGAUGUCCGAGCACUUCUGGAAACAGAGCUUCGAGGUCCUCGACCACUGGCGUGCAGCGGACGAGGACGGAGACGAAGAGCGAAUAUUCACGUUUGGGAGUUCCCCGUCUGCAGCAGCCUUAGCCGCGGACGUCGCGAGUGGAUGCCAGGCGUGCUCGCCGUCGCCGGGCGGGUGUUUGGGAGCGGCGAAGGUCCACAGGUCGUUGGCGAGUGCAGAAGACAGCUGCUCAGUUGACGCGCCUGCUUUGGCCCGUCUUCCGCUGCUCGCUGCUCCUGGCGGCGCUGGAGGCGCUUCCGCGUCGAUCGCGUACCAGGUCGGAACCCCGGGGACUCCUGGGGGCCUAGGGGGCGGCCGGGACGGGCUCGGUCCCUCAGCGAACAGAGGAGGGACUGUAUCUUCCGCUGCGGUACCCUCGCCAGCUCCCGGUGCUGCAGGCAUCGCCUCUUCUGGAACGGGCAAGUGCGCGUCACACCGACAAGAAAGGGCAUCCUCAGCGACUCCAGGCGGCGCAGGCGGGACGUUAGGGGCCUCGUGCGUCGGUAGAAACCCUGGUGGAGGUAGCCAGGGGGCGGCUACGCGGACGUUUGCUUUUUCGUCUGCUCUCUGCCACCCUUCGUCUCGAAAUAUCCCCACAACGAGCCCGCGUGCAGGUUCCGCCUCUUUUUCCUUUCUUCCGUCGUUUGCAUCACCAGCCGGCGUUCAGGCGUGUGGACUACAUUUCUCGGGUGUGGGCGCUGGCAGCAUCCCUGCGACCUCGUACUCUCGCUCAAGUCAGCAUCUGACCAGCGGGACGCAGAUGGUCUUCGUGAGCCUCUUCCCAAAAGAGUGGCUGGGGCGGAAUGGGCGCCUGUGCCGCCGCAACGGCAUGCUCAAGGGAUGCGUUCGCGCGUUACGGGAUGUAAAUCUGCUUGAAGAGGACAGCGCUCUCUCAGUGGAGGCCCCGCUGUUUUUGACGCGGCCGUCACCAAACGGAGGCGAGGGUCGCCUACUCAUUCCGCGCCACACCAUCACACUCCGACUCGAGCAGCCGUAUCCGCCUCUGCCCCCCGGUUCGCUCGGCAGCAGCGGCGAGGGGGCCCGACAGCAUGGGGCCGCAGGGUGCCUCUGUCCCUCGUGCAGUGCCUCGAUUUUCGCGCAGCAGUGCUUUGACGCCAUAGGGCACAACAGCUGCGCGAGCUCGUUGUCGACGGCAUCCACCACCACACACGGCAGCAGUGCUAGCGCUUUACGGCGGACUGUGAGGGCGGGCGACAAGGGAGGCCGGAGGGCGGGCCCCGGAGAAGCGGCCGAGGCAGGCAGCCGGCGCGCGAGGGAAGGGAAGGCGCAGGACACACACAGUGCAGCCACCACCGGAGCCGGGUGCGUGUCCUUCGUCAACAGCCAGGAGCUCGUUUUCAACGGGUCGAGCUCCUCAGCUGGGGAGCGCGGGGGCGAAGAGCAAGCAGGCAUGAAGACGGAGAGGCUUGCUGAAGGAGGAGAAGCGGGUGGAGGCCACAGGGACGACGACGGCGACCCGGGGUCAUCGCCGGCCUCGCACGGGGUGCGCCCGUUAGAGAGCCCGAUAGGCACCGGAGAGAGUACGUGCGGAAGUUUCAGCGCGCCGCCACGCUCGCUCGGCGCGCCGCUAGCAGCAGCAGGAGGGCUCGCUACGGGGUCGUCGGUUGCUUCGCCGGUCCCGGCUCGUGAUGCGUGCGGAGGCGUGCAGCCCGCGCCGUCGUCCCUGCCGACACGCCAGUCCUCGCCGCUCGCGCCACGGGGCGUGACGCCUCCACCGGCCCGCGUGCCUGGCGGCGGCGCAGGCGGCAGAGCGGACGCCGGCGGCAGAGCGGACGCCGGCGGCUCGCUGACGAACGCGCAGGUCGGGGGGCAGAUGGGGUGCCGACGGGCGAGAAGCGGGGCGAGCAGUGGCGUUGAAGAAGCGAGCGAGAGCCCGAGCGGCCAGACGCAGCAGAGCGUGUUUUGUGGGAGCAGCCGGACGACGAGUGCCACCACCACUACGCUGGCUGUGGGAGGGACGCCUUGUGCAGGAUGUGUGACGGGUGCAGAGACGAUGCCUUCUGCGUGUGGGGGAGGAGCCGUAGUCGCGCAGGCGUGCCCUCAGCAACACAUUCUUGUGAGGUCCAAGCCGGCGUAUCUUCUUCUGUGGAGAUAUGGGGAAAGAGGCACGGGUCAGGACCCCAAGCGGAAGUGGUACGUGGUGACUCCGAUGUUCAUACGAACGAAGUGGUUUGGAAGGUAUUUCGAGUUCUACAGCAGAUUCCAGCAGGGGCAACUGGACAAAUACAAGCUUCUCGUCGUCGAUGCUCUCAAUCGCGUCUCGCCGAAACGCGACGCCAUCAUUCAGGCGUGGUGCCUAGCUGGUUGUUUGGAGGCGACGCUCAAGGAACUCGGCGUUGACUACCAGGUCAAAGAAGUCGCAGAAGGGCCGUGGCAGGGUUUUCCGGAGCCAACGUUGACUGACGAAGACCAGGUGAUUGAAGGAGCCCUGCGAUUGGUUACUGACCCCAUCGACGAGCUGGAGACGUCUUGCCCCGCUUUGCUUCCAGAAGUCCCCGCUGGAGUGAGUGCAGGAAAUCCCACCUCGUCGACCAGUUUCCCUUCGUCGGUGUUGUUGCCACAUGAUGCACUCAAUGGCAAGGCUGGGUUGCCACCGUCCGGAGGAGUCGUCGCAGCUCGCAACUUGCUGACUUCUUCUCUCAUUCGGUCCGCCGUCCCUUCCUCUUCCUCGCCUCUUCCGGGAUCCCCUGUGGGACUAAGGGGGGCGGCAGAGACAGUGGGCGGGGUGGAUUCGCCUCGUCCGGUGAACUUGGCCACAGAGAGGAGAGCCAAGUCGUUGGGAUGGUGCGGCUUCGCGGUGUGGGCGUCUGCCAGCAAAAGGACGAGAAGCGAGCAGAGCAAGAGAGGUGGGAGAGAGAACAUCAAGGCUAUCUGUGUGGAAGAGGAGGGAAACGAAGAAGAGAGGAGGACUGCCUUGCAAGCACAGGGCUUGAACACACAACGCAAGAACAAGCAAUACUGGAAGAACGAAAGAGAAUGA